AUGUCAAAACUGUGUGGUUUGAACAUAGUUCAACUACGAGAAGAACUACAGAAACGAAGCCUUGUCACAAGUGGCAACAAAGAAGUACUAGUAGCACGUCUGAGAGAAGCUCUCAUUGACGAAGGUAAGAACCCAGACGAAUUCAAGUUUGAUGGUGCUGACGAAGACAAUGAAAUUAGCACAGGCACGUUUACAACCGCUAAAAUGAUGGAACUUCUGCUUAGUAUGUCAACUGAAAUAAAACAACAGAUCAAUGAACAGUCCGAACAGAUCAAAGAACAGUCCGAACGACAGUCCGAACGACAGACAGAAGAGAUAAAACAACAGAUCAAGGAACAGUCCGAACGACAGACAGAGGAGUUAAAACAGAUCAAGGACCAGCUAAAACACGUAAAAUUGGAAGUGGCAGAACAGAUUGAAGAACAGUCAACAAGAAUAGAAAUGAUCGAGCAGAAACUUGAUCCAUUUGACGGAGAGAUGUCCUGGAACGUUUAUAAAACCCAGUUCGAAGCAGCGGCAACUAGUAACUGUUGGAACGGAAAAGAACGAGCAACAGCACUGAUACUGGCCCUGCAAGGUUCAGCAGCAGAGGUUCUUCAGACGAUUUCGGCGGAGAACCACUUCAACUAUGAAGUUCUGGUUAGCGCGUUGGAUUUACGUUAUGGUGAAGAACACAUGAUACAGAUUUAUCGAUCUCAACUUAGAAACAGAACGCAACGAUCUGGUGAAUCCAUUCAGCAGCUGGCAGAAGAUAUCGAACGGUUGACAUUGCUGUCGUAUCCGACAUCAGACCCCGAGCAUAGAGACAAAACUGCCCUGGAUACGUUUAUCAAAGCCCUUUGUGAUUCGGAACUCAAGCAAUCCCUUCUCUUGUCAGGUAAACGAAAACUCAAGGAUGCCGUUGCGCACAGUCUCACUUUUGAAUCGGCAAAGCAAGCAUCAAAAAGUGACGUACGUCUACGCCAAGUACAUGAAGAAUGCCCUUGCCAGAAGGUGGUUGUGAAACGCGAACCUCAACAGCAUGGUGUACCCCAAUGCUGGAUUUGUGGUGAAAAAGGCCAUCUACGUCGUGAUUGUAAACACCGCCUAAAAGAUAACUACUUGCCGAAAUUGCGCGACAAGAUGGCGCAAAAGAAGAGAAGAUGA